CCCAAAUCAGUUCUCUUCUCGUCAAUCACCUGUAUACAUCCACACAAGCCGCAUUUUGAUCAAAACCCAAUAAGUUUGUGAUGAAAUUAACCUCUUCACCCAUGGCUUCUCCCCCAUCUCUAGCAACUCUCAAGUCAACCCUCUUCUUCUUCGCCGUCCACCUCUUCCUGCACUUCCCCCUCUCCACUGGCCACGGCGGCAGCGACGGGUCCCCCGGCACCGGCGCCACCCCGGACUUGCACGCGAGGGGCCUGAUCCUGGUCAAAGUAUGGUGCCUCGUCAUCAUGCUGGUCACCACCUUCGCCGGAGGCGUGUCCCCCUACUUCUUCCGGUGGAACGAGGCGUUCUUGCUGCUGGGGACGCAGUUCGCGGGCGGGGUCUUCCUCGGGACCUCGCUGAUGCACUUCCUGAGCGAUUCGACCUCGACGUUCGGCACUCUGACGGACAAGAGCUACCCGUUCUCGUUCAUGCUGGCGUCGGCCGGGUACUUGCUGACGAUGCUCGGGGAUUGCGUGAUCGUGUACCUCACCAGGAAAGUCGCCGCCGUAGAUUCAGCUAACAAAGUCGGAGUCGCAGAAGAAGGAAGGUUGGAUGAGGGUAAUCAGAGAGGGAAGGAGGAUGUGAAUCCCAUGUUCUUGCAAACGACCUCUCUCGGGGACACGAUCCUGCUCAUCUCGGCUCUCUGCAUUCACUCCAUCUUCGAGGGCAUUGCAGUCGGAGUUUCGGAGACCAAGAGUGAGGCAUGGAGGAACCUGUGGACGAUAUCGUUGCACAAGAUUUUCGCGGCCAUCUCGAUGGGAAUCGCCCUCCUCAAGAUGCUACCGAAGAGGCCGUUCCUAACAACCGCAGGGUAUUCCUUUGCGUUCGCCAUCUCCAGCCCCAUCGGGGUUGGAAUCGGGAUUGCCAUCGACGCGUCGACGGAAGGCCAGGUCGCCGAUUGGAUCUACGCCAUCUCCAUGGGCCUCGCCUGCGGGGUGUUCGUCUACGUCGCCAUCAACCAUCUCAUCGCCAAAGGGUUCAAGCCUGAAAACAAGUGCGUCUUCGACACUCCUUUCUACAAGUUCCUUGCAGUGCUUCUUGGGGUGGCCAUUAUAGCUGUUGUCAUGACUUGGGAUUAAAACGCCUCUGCCUUUCAUUUGCGUGAGCUUUUAUUUUGUUUGUUGAAUAUUGUCCAGAAAAAGGGCAAAAAAAUCACCAAAAAGUACGUUCCUCUUUUUCUUGUGUAUUUGUGUGCGAUCGAUAUUCUUGUCAUAUGUACAACUUCUGGGAUCACUUCCGAUUUCAUGUGUGAUCAGACUAUUUGGUUGGAUUACGUGUUUGGGAAUAAAACUUGAGGAGUGAUCAACUGUA